AUGGCCAGCUACAACGACCCCUACGACAUCCCCACGAGGGAGCGCACAACCCGGCGCUACUACCGGGAAGAGCGCCGUGAGGACCCUCGGGCUUAUGACACCCGCGACAGCUAUCUCAAUGUCCAGUCUUCGCGCGACCUGGUACCGCGGGCCCGCGAGGACAGCGAUCUCUCUGUAGAAGAGAUCCGUCGUGACUUCCCUCCUCCCGGCUACUCAACCCGUGAUUUGCGCCGCGCCCGCUCUGCCGAACCUGGACAGUACGACGACUAUGACGACCGCCGGUCUCACUACAGCCGCUAUGAUGACCGCAGCGCUUACGGUCAUGAGCAUGACCGCCGGUCUCUGAGGAGGACAGACAGCUACUACGAGGAACAGCACAAGAAGAAGGUCCGCAUGCUGUCGAAGCAGGAGCAAAUCAUUGCUGCUAUCAGCGGAGCUGCCAUCGCUAUCGGUGGUAAGGAGCUGUAUGACCGCCGCGAGGCCAACCAGGCCGGCACUCCCGAAGUGCAGCGCAACAUUCUGGCUUCUGUCGCCCUCGGAGCUGCAGGCGCUCUUGCGGGAUACCAGGGGACUGAGUUCUACAACAAGAAGAAGGAGAAGGAAGAGAAAAAGAUCUUGGCUCACCGAGGUUAUUAUUCGGACGAUGACGGAGAAAGCGCAAAAGAGAAGAAGGGCCACAAGAACUUCCUCGAGAGCGCUCUCGCUGCUGCGGGCUUGGGUGGUGCCGUCAAGGCUCUGACCGGCAAGGACAAGGACAAGGACGACAAGUCUGACACCAGGAGCCGUCGUGAUACCAGCCGUUCAAGAUCGAGAUCGAGGUCUAGGUCCCGGUCUACCUCUCGCUCUCGGGGUGAGAAGGGCAAGGGUGAAGGCGCCAACAAGAUCCAAAAGGCAGCUAUGGCCUCGCUCAUUGCCGGUGCCACCGAAGCUUUCCGCAUUUCCAAGCAGCCCGGUUCAUGGAAGGGCGAGAAGGCUAAGCGCGUCUUUACUGCUGCCGCCGGUGCUGCCACACUCGACGCUGCUCAGGAUACUGAGAAGGCCGGCAGCAAGCUCGGCUUGGCUGAGGCCGUCAUGGGUGGUCUGCUCGGCAACCGCGUCAUCAACGGUUCCAAAAAGAACAUCGAGAUGGAUGAGAAGACAGGCCGAUCGCGAUCGAGAUCUCGCCGGCGUUCCAAGAGUGGCGACAGCCAGAGUGGAGGUGGUGUGAGCGGUCUGGCCGCUCUUGCCACAGCUGGCUUGGGCGCCUUUGCCGGCAAGAAGAUCAUGGACAGCCAUGAGCGGUCCAAAUCUCGUGGCCGGAGCGCCGAUUCAUACGACAGCCGUGAUGGCGAUCGUCGCCGCAGCAGGAGCCGCAGCGUUGUCGACUCGGCCCGCCGAAAGAUGGCCAAGAUCGGCCUCGGUAAUGGUCCCGAUGACGACGACAGGGAUCGUCGCAGAGACCGUAGCCGCGACCGUGACUACAGCCGCAGCCGGAGCCAUGACCGUGGACACCGGGACGACCAUGACGACCGCUCUUCGCGCCGCCACAGAGAUGACGACAGAGACUACGACAAACGGCGCCGCGAUUCAGACUAUGACGACACCCGUUCCCACCGCAGCGGUGGAGGACGUGAUCGUUCACGCCGCCGGGGACACUCGCUAUCAGAUGACGAUUUAGGGGAUUCAGAUGAUGACAAGAGACGUGGAAGCAAGAUGAGAGGUAAGCAAAUUCUCACCACCGGCCUGGCUGCCGUGGCGACCAUCCACGCAGCCCACAGUGUCUAUUCGAGCAUGGAGAAGCGAAAUCUACGACACAAGGCGGUCAAAGACGGAAGACUGAGUGAAGAGCAAGCCAAGAAGAUGAAGAAGAAGGCCCUGCUGCAAGAUGCGGCGGCGGUGGGCAUUGCUGCUCUCGGUGUCAAGGGUGCCCUUCACGAGAUCAAGGAAGCCCGCGAGCUGAAGCACGAGCUGCACGAGUGGAAGGAGGAGAGGGCAGAGAGACGCAAACGACGGCUUGAGAGGCAGCUGGAGAUGGUUCACGGAGAUGUCAACAGUGGUAGCGGUGGCAGCGAUAGGGGUGGCGGUGACAGGCAGGUGGGAAGGCACAGGGCAGAUAACUGGUCUUCCCCGAACCCUCCACGGACAGAGCGGUACUAUGGCGAAGGACCUCGGUAUUCUGAUGGAAACCCAUACGCCGCCCUGCCUCCACCUCCAUACGACAGGAGGUGA